AUGUCGCAGUAUGCCCCGGGUCACGGGCAAUGGCCAUACGACCCUUCGGGUUUCUACCCAUAUCCGACAAAUCAACCGCAAACCCAGCAACUGCCGACGCCAUACCAUACCACGCCGAGCGAGCCAGCUUCAUCCGCCAGUUAUUUGACUUCUCAGAACUCGUUCGGCUACAAUGCCACCCAGAUACCCGGUCUAGGUUUUGGGGGCCCCUCAGCGUCUACAGGCAACGGCCCUCCACAGCAACCCCAUCAGUCAUGGAUACCUCCGCCGCCACCCCCUGCAAACUACCAGCAACAGAUUCCCACCACCCUUGCAACUACUCUGGAGUCGUCGAAAAUCUCAUCACAGGUAGCUUCUUUGCCCAAACCACCCGUGCAAAAUACACAGGAGGCAAUGGAGGAAGGGGAGCUAUCCGACGCCGAUUUCGAUGAUCUAUACGAUCCUCAGCCCGAAGACGUCGCCCUGCCACAACCCAGCACCACGAAUCAAAAGCCACGCCCUGUUGAUCACGUCCGGCAAAACUCAUACUCUCCUCGGUUGUCCCCCAAUGAGGUCAGUCGGGCAGAAUUGCCCUCGACGGUCUUGAAUGGUUCUGGUCACGGGACGAAGCCAUCGUUGCCUGGCUUAGGUUUGCAAAAGAAUCCAGAUAUCACUGGGAAUGCACCAGCACAGCCCUCGGGGGCGGUCCCUCAGUUUAGAUCAGUCGAUGAGGCCAAGAAGGAAGCUCAGAAGGCUAUUCUGAGGCUUCUUCCUUUGGGCGUCAAAUAUCAGACCUAUCUCGACGAGGGCUUCGAUGAGGCUACGGUCAAGUCUCUGUUCAACGAAUUGAACCUACUUCCCCCUAGCGUUCCCGUCAAACCUGCCGUACAGCCUGCAAAAGCAGUAAAACCUGCGCCAAACAGUGCAGCCGAGUCGGAUGGUAGCACGCCCGUGACCAAAGACAAGACAGAGGAGCGGAAAGACCGCAUUGCGCGUUUGCUAGCUGCCAAGGCUGCCGCCAACAAAACGUCUUCAGUACCCGCGACCUCGUCAAAACCGGCGACAGCACCCUCCGUUCCAACACCAGUACCUGUAUCCGCCGCGCCUCCACCCGAUGUGGAAACCCUCCCCGUGGCCUCGAUUCCAAACGCGCCAGCAGCAAUGCAAAACGUGCCGCCCCCGUCGGCCCCAACGGCACCUCUAGCUCUCCGCAAGGAAAUGGAUUCUGCUGCCAAGCCAAAGUUCAAGGCGGACAAAGAAGCACUGCUCAAGAAGAAGCUUGAGGCACUCAAAUCACGCCAGGCGCAAAAGCAGCUGGCAGUCACUACACCGCAGCCAAGUAAACAACCCACGCCGCCUGCAGUAGAGUCUGGCUCCUCUAUCUCACGACCAACGUCGCUCCCUUCAACGACUCUUCCGGGUAGCAGCAUGAAUCCGGUACCAAACACACCUGCCGACGGUCAGCCGCUGCACUUGGUCUCGAGCCCUUCCGCCUUGAACGCCGCCCAGAUAGGCUCGUCUAUCCCGGGACUUUCAUUAUCAACGGGAAAUCUAGGGUUGAAUUCCUCGCGCAAACGACCUGUGGCGGCAGAUUUUGUCGACUAUUCGGCGACUGUGGGUACCCCUAAACGACCAUAUGGACAGCAUCGACAGGGCUCCUUUGUAAUCGAUAUUAGCGAAGAUUCGGAUGAUGAUGUGGAGAUGGAAGUCGACUCGCCCGGAGGUCACAGUGCGUCUUCCUCUUCACGUGUUGAGACUCCCAACCGAGGUCCUGUGGUUAGAGAUUUCCCGCCGCUAUCAGAUGGAACACCGAGGAAGAGUUUGACUAGGGGCAACUCAAACGUUCCACCUGCGAAGCUCAGUAGGCUUGAUAGUGACAUUCUCAGAAUGCGUGCCAAAAUUGCGGCUGCGGAGGCAAAGAAGAGAAUGGCCGGUUCGGGGUCGCAAACGCCUGAUGUUACAACCUCAACUCCGGAGUUUAAGGAGCCCACACGUUCAGUUGACCCCACUGAAAAUACUCGAAUCACAGUCCCUGGGCAAAGGGCUGUCUCUUCCAGCGAUGUUGAGAGCACAGAUCUGCCGUCUGCCCAGCUCAUCUCUGAAGCGGCCUCUGCGAGUGUUUCUCGAGUUCUCGAGCAAGCUCCACAGGGCGCGCGAUCCAAGCAUGGCUAUGGUCAACUUGGUGUUGCAACAACAUCGCCAGUGCGACCGACUACUCAGCCUGCUGCGGCUGAAGGCGAUCGCCGCACACGUAUCACCAGCCUGCAUCUGCCAAAGAUCGAGGCGAAACUGCUGGAGAAGAAGACCAAGCUCAAAUUACUUGAACAAAAGGCUGCCCAACUGAGACGGGAGAUCGAAGCUGAGGCAGCUGAAAGGGAGAAGCUAGCAGAGGAACUCCUGCAAUUAGAUGAUGAGCCCGCUGAUUCUAAUCCGCCUAGCGAAGCCGUGAUACCACAGCAGCAGCAGCAGCCGGUUGAGCAAGACUCUAAUGUACAGCUACCUCAACCUUCUGACGAAGCACACAAAGCUACCGAAAACUGUUCAGUACAAGUUCCGCAAACUUCUUCCGCGCCUUUAGCAGACGCUCAAGAUUCUGGGCCGAUGCAGUUGGAUGCAGGCAAAACCACUCCUGAAGAGCUUGCGCCCCCUCAGAAGUCCCCGAAGGAGAAGACGAUAGAGCCGACCACCACCGUGUUCGCCAACAACGAUAACGACCCCGUCAAAGAUCAGGAUCCCACGACACCUAUUGUGAACGCUCCGCUCGCAAGCAAGUCACCCGAACCCCGUCUCUCCGCAUCAAAGGAGUCUCCUCAAAUCGAUAUCGUAAUGGCCUCUACUACUUCAACUCCUGAAUCGGGUCAGAUCGACGAAAGCGAGCCUCCAUCGCCUAGGGAUACCAAUUCGGGCUCAACCUCAUCCUCAUCCGACGAGUCUCAACUUCAGUUCGAGACAACACCAGCCCCAGCCAUACAGACGAUCUCGGGCGAGAGGGCCGAAGGCUCACCAGACGUGCCAAUGAUUUCCGAUGUCGUUCACGCCAACGACGACACGGAGCGGACGGUUGAUGUCAAUGGAGAAGCCCCUACCGACCGGGACGAUGAAGUGCCCUCCUUCACCCCUUACGAGAGUCCAUUGACGUACUUCAGAGCGUACCGCUUCCAUCCGAAGUACGCCGAAACGGUGACAGGUGGACUGAAAUCACUCACCUACACUAACAAGAUCAACCCAAAACAAGCAUUGUGUCUGAACGAACUCACCCAAAAGAAGUGUAACGAUCCAGAAUGUGGCUUCCAGCAUUUCAAAUCGAUGGUCCCCAGAGAUGAUCAGAUCCUUAUGGAGCUGGGCCAAGCGGAUGACUUUGCCGACGGCGAGGAGAAGAGCAGAUUCAUUACCGGUCUCCGAGAUCUGCUAGCCGAAUGCCGUGCCCAAAAGGUUCGCGACAUGGACGAGAUUGGCCGCGCCAUUAUAGAAUACCGACGCAAAUUCAUUGGAGACCAGUCGCGGGUCUUGACUAGCCUUCAAGACACGAAGGUCUGA